AUGGCGAUGAUUAGUUUGGUCUUUGUUCUCACCAUUCUCGUGAGUUUGACACUAAUGUCUGAAGCAAGAAUUCCAGGUGUGUACGGAGGAGGAGCUUGGCAAAAUGCUCAUGCCACUUUCUAUGGAGGUUCUGAUGCUUCAGGAACUAUGGGGGGUGCUUGCGGGUACGGAAACCUUUACAGCCAAGGGUAUGGCGUUAACACAGCGGCGUUGAGCACGGCUCUGUUCAACAAUGGAUUCCGAUGCGGAGCAUGUUUCGAGAUCAAAUGCGCAAGCGAUCCAAAGUGGUGCCACUCUGGCAGUCCUUCCAUCUUCAUCACCGCCACCAACUUCUGUCCUCCAAACUAUGCUCUUCCCAGCGACAAUGGCGGUUGGUGCAAUCCUCCGAGGCCUCACUUCGAUCUCGCCAUGCCCAUGUUCCUCAAAAUCGCCGAGUACCGCGCCGGAAUUGUCCCCGUCGCUUACCGCCGAGUGCCAUGCCGGAAAAGAGGAGGGAUACGCUUCACGAUAAACGGAUUCCGUUACUUCAACUUGGUGUUGGUAACGAACGUGGCGGGAGCAGGAGACGUGGUGAGGGUGAGCGUGAAAGGGUCACGGACAGGGUGGAUGAGCAUGAGCAGGAACUGGGGGCAAAAUUGGCAAUCUAACUCCGUUUUGGUUGGUCAGUCACUCUCCUUCCGCGUCACAGGCAGUGACCGUAGAUCCUCCACAUCCUGGAACAUCGCCCCCUCUCAUUGGCAGUUCGGUCAGACCUUCGUCGGCAAGAACUUCAGGGUCUAACCCUUCAGGGGCAUUAUCGUCAAAAUGUAAAAAUUAUAAAAAAAAACCCUUUGUUAUGAUAGGUAUAAUCUCCUAUUCUACUAUCUACUAAUCUCUGUUUAGCAGUAUUAAAAUGUUAUCAUGCCAAAGGCAAUGCGGAAAAUUGAAUUUGAGUGGAGGAGUAAAAAAUUUAUUCCUUGAAAAAUUCCAAUUUUCACCUCUUUUUAA